AUGAGUAUUGAAGGAUUGGUUUGGGCAGGUGGGGAUGAAAUAAUGUCAAUGGCGAUGAAUGUGUAUGGCAAGCCCACGCACGCGCAACACGUCUACUUGCCCUACUACCAGGGCCAGAUGCUCUACACGCGAGAAGAUCCAAUGCUGAGUGAUCAGCAGCAGUAUCGCUACAUGACAGUCGACGACAUGAAAUCACUGGGAGACGAUUCUCUCAAGAUCGAUGUCACCAGAGAUGAGAGAGGCGAUCAUCACAGAGAUUCCAUUGGUAAAGGUAUUCGUUACAGGUUGCUUAAGCUUGAUCGUUCGCUGGCGCGCCUAGGCCGCUUUCCUUCCAAGAGUCCGGGGAUGUGGCGGGAAAGUUUCCUGGUGAGUUUUCUGGUGGACGCGAGGGGUGGUGCGAUGCGCGGAUGCCGGCACUGGGGCGUGCGUGUGAUCGUGCCGCCCCGCAAGGCUGCCGCCCCCAUGCGAAUCACGUGUCGCUACCUCCGCCGCGACCGCCUCCAGCAUCCGCCUCCGCUCAUGGAAGGCGAGGCCCUCGCCAGCCGCAUAUUAGAGCUUGGACCGUCCAAUGCCAAGUUUCUCGGGCCGGUGAUCAUAGAGGUGCCGCACUUCGCGUCGUUGCGAGGCAAAGAGCGAGAACUGGUUGUGUUGCGUUGCGACAAUGGCGUCAACUGGUCCGAACAUGUUCUCGAUGCCAGCGAAGAAGCCGUUCAGGAUGUUCUCAACGAAAGUUUCCAGGGAGAAGAUUUGAGACAGAUAGAGGACCUGCAGACGAGCCGCAUAACGAGGAUCGUGACUGUGGAUUUCCCACAAUACUUUGCGGUGGUGUCGCGGCUGCGGCAGGAGCAGCACGCCAUUGGUCCGGAGGGGGGCGUGGUCUCGUCGACUGCUGUGCCGCAAGUGCAGGCUCUCUUCCCUCCCAAUGCACUCACCAAGAAGAUUAGGGUCGGCCUUCAGGCGCAACCGAUCGCACCGGAACUGGUGUCGCGCCUGCUGGGUAACCGAGUGGGCAUCUCACCUGUGGUGACCGUGGAGCCGCGCCGACGCAAGUUCCACAAACCCAUCACCCUCACCAUCCCCUGUCCGCAGGUGGCCAACAAGGGCAUGAUCAACCAGUACUCGGGCGAUGCGCCCACACUCCGUCUGCUAUGCAGCAUCACUGGCGGCAACUCGCGAGCGCAGUGGGAGGACGUGACGGGUUCGACGCCGCUGACGUUCGUAAAGGACUGCGUAUCGUUCACGACAACCGUGUCAGCGCGCUUCUGGCUGAUGGACUGUCGUAACAUCGCCAACGCCACCAACAUGGCUUCCGACCUCUACAAGGAGGCCAACCAUGUGCCCUUCAUGGCAAAAUUCGUUGUGUUUGCAAAACGCGUAGAUGUGAUGGAAGCGAGACUGAGGGUGUUUUGUAUGACCGACGACAAGGAAGAUAAGACGCUGGAACACCAGGAACAUUUCACCGAAGUUGCUAAAAGCAGAGACGUUGAGGUUAGUCUCUAUCCUAUUCAUUAUGACUUUCUUGUUUUUGUUUGA